AUGUCACAAUCUAAUGGAUCACUGGUUCCAGAAAGCAAUCAAGGUUCUCUACAAGAAGAUGUUAAUUUUGAUUUUAGUGGGGUACCCAGCCAGGCUUUAGACGCUGUACGUAUGCGUCUAGCUCAACUGACCCAUUCAUUGAGAAGAAUCAGGGAUGAAAUGUCUAAAGCAGAGUUACCACAGUGGUAUACACUCCAAUCACAGCUAAAUGUCACAUUAUCGCAGCUCGUUUCUGUUACUUCCACGUUACAACAUUUUCAAGAAACCUUGGAUUCUACAGUGGUUUAUCCGUUACCUAAAUUUCCUACCACUUCUCAUGAAAGUCUAGUCACUACUCUUCUGAGGAAAAAGAAUAUCCCUGAAGUGGAUGAAUGGAUGAAAUAUGUGAGAGAAACCUCUGGAAUAACCCCAUCUUUGUUAAAGAAUGAGGAAAUAGAGAAACUGUUACAACAGGACAAAGAGAUAACAAAUUGGGCACGUACUACUUUCAGAAAUGAAUAUGAAAAGCACGAUUUCAAACAUGAAGACUCUUUAAGCGAAGAACAUACCUCACUUCUUGUCCGAGAUAGCAAGCCCUCGAAAGCUUUCAAUGUGGAUGAUAUCUUGAAGUUUACAUUUACAGGAGAAAAGCCGACUCUUCCCGAGUCCACUCCCUAA